CUUUCAUUGUAGAGGUACAACACCAAACUUUGACAUAAAUCUCAUGGCGUCAAUAGUGAAGCAGAAAAUACGCGACUCUAUCAAAGAGUCUAGUUCUGAGCAACCAGACUCGGGACUGCAGAAUAAAUACCUCCUUUCAGUAUCAGCUGGUCCUUCGUACGAACCAAGUACCCACAAACGCGUCCUUGUCAAUGACCCUCAUGAGGCAUGUACUUUCUCAAAUGAAUUCAUGACUGUAAAAGUUAAGGUUCGCAUCAGGGAUUAUCAUGGCCUACCAACGGGGUCACCCACUACUUCGACUUACUUUGACGAUAAGUCACACACCAAAGACAUGUAUAGCGUUGGGUUCUCAUUUGUCCCGAAAAUGGAUCUCAGCACCACUGAUAUUGUGUGGGGUAACGACUUCGACCACCCGGUGCGCGAUCGUCUUCCACCAGGCUUCAAUACGGCUUUCAGGAUAGUCAAGGAGUUCAUCGACCCAGGCCUGAGCUGCGAUGCUUAUGCCGACAAGCCAUGGCUCUACGGACCGGCGCUUUCUUGUUGGUUCCGCUUCCGUAUUGGCGAAGUGCAACAUACUCUAAAUGAAAGCCCAUUUCCAUGCGCCGACGAAUCACAUCCGCUCGAAGAGGGUGCGGAUGGCACGGGAACUGAUACUCGCAGCGCAGCCGGUAUGCCAGAAGACUCCGAGAAACGCAGAAAAUUUUUCCUCGACGCCAGGAACCGCGACAAACUCACCUUCGAAAAGGACCGUGUCUACCAGGGUGAUUUCUUUAACCCUUAUUUAGACUUUUCCAAAUUCGCGUUGCGCCUGCCAGGCUUCUCGUUGGGCGUGCUGAGGUAUAUUGACGAUAAGAGUCACACGCUACGGUACACGUGUAAAAACAACAAAACCGGGGAUGUGUAUUUCGUCGUCAUCUUCAAGCUCUUGUUCGGGGAAGAAUUGAGACGGGCAUUGGAGAGUGAUAGGGUCCCCAGCCAUGUGGAGGACUGUGGUACCAGGGGCCACGAAGAUAACCAGGAGGAUAGCCAGGAUCAUAACCAGGAGGAACAUGACUCUAGAUAUCAGUGCGUGCAGGAGGGCACAACACGAACAUCGGUACAGGAUACAAGCCAUGAUGAGAUCAAAGAAGCGCUAGAGAAGACGUGCACAUCUGACUACACAGAACAAAAGACGAGUAUAUUUGAUAUUUAAUUUAUAAUAGACAG